UUACCUGGAUUUUAGCCCAGUGCCAUGGGAUGGGAUAUUUUCCUUGGAUUUUCUCCAGCUGAACUUGGAGAGUUUGUGGGUUAAAUAAUCAUUUCCCAAAUAGGAGAGCCCGGAAAAACCUUCUCAUAAGGUAGCCAGCAGCUGGCAGGAGAAAGAGCUGAAGACAUUUGGACGAGAACUUUUGACUUGGAGAUUUUGUUGGCCUCACCACUAGUUCUUAUUCCUCCUGAUUUUACCAGAGAUCUGAAGACAACCUUUCUCCAGGUUUGCCAUGGGGCUCCUGGGAAUCCUGGCAUCCAUUUCAGCGACCGAGGUCCUGAUUGGCCUGGCUGUUUUCUGCCUGCUCUUCUUAGUCCUCCAGACCUUCCGGAAACAGGGCCCCCAGGGCCACCAAAGAAUCCCUGGGCCACGGGGCUAUCCCUUGAUUGGCAACAUGCUGGACGUGGGGACCAAUGUCCACCUCAGUUUGAGUCGGAUGAGCAAGAUCUACGGAGACGUCAUGAUGAUCCACAUCGGGACAACGCCAAUUUUGGUGCUGAGUGGUAUGGAGACCAUCAAGGAAGCUCUCGUGAGACACGGAGAAGCCUUCAAGGGGCGUCCCGACCUUUACAUCUUCCGCCAUGUGACCGAUGGACAGAGCUUGUCCUUCAGCACGGAUUCCGGGCCGGUGUGGUUUGCUCGUCGCAAGCUGGCUCAACACGCCCUGAAAACCUUUGCGUCUUCACCCAGCCUCACUUCCUUCUCCACCUGCCUCCUGGAAGAACACGUCUCCAAGGAGGCCCAUCACCUGAAGGCAAAGCUCCAGGAGGUCAUGUGCGCAAAGGGCCGCCUGGACCCCUGUCUGUACUUGAUGGUGGCGGUGGCCAACGUGGUUUUGGCCAUGUGUUUCGGCAAGCGUUACGACUACGAUGACGAAGAACUGCUCUACAUUGUGACCAACAGCGAACAGUCUGUGGAGACCGCGGGCUUGGGAAGUCUAGCCAGCUUCAUCCCUGUCCUUCAGUAUCUUCCCAACAGCAAGGUGAAGAAGUUUAAGAGCUACAAUCAGCAAUUCAAUAGCUUCCUGCAGAAGAACGUGAAAGAGCAUUACGAGAGCUUCAGGAAGGAUCACAUCCGUGAUAUCACCGAUUCUCUGAUCCAGGAAAGCCAGAAACAGAAAACGGACGCCAAAGUGAAAACUCAGCUCCCGGCUGGGAAAAUUGUGAAUCUGGUCAAUGAUAUUUUUGGGGCAGGUUUCAGCACAGUGUCCAUCGGCUUGUCCUGGUCCCUCAUGUAUCUCAUCACUUAUCCCGAAAUUCAGAAAAAGAUCCAGGAAGAAAUAGAUGUCACCAUCGGCAGAGAACGGAAGCCACGAUUGUCCGAUCGUUCCCUACUCCCUUACACGGAAGCUUUCAUCCUGGAAGUGUUCAGACAUUCUACCUUCGUGCCAUUCACACUCCCCCACUGCACUACGAGGGACAUCAUCUUCAAGGGCUACUUCAUUCCUAAGGACCUCUGCGUCUUUAUCAACCAGUGGCAAGUCAACCAUGAUGAGAAUCAUUGGAAAGACCCCUCUGCCUUCAUUCCCGAGCGUUUUCUCACUGCCAAUGGGAAAGAAAUCAACGCGGAUGAACGGGACAAAGUCCUUCUAUUCGGUUUGGGGAAACGGCGAUGCAUCGGAGAGCCCAUUGCCCGGUGGGAAGUCUUCCUUUUCUUGGCCACUUUGCUACAAGACCUGCAGUUCAGCGUUCCUGACGGGUUGACAGUAAACAUGACCCCUCACUACGGCCUCAACUUACAGCACAAGAGAUGCGAACACGUCCAAGUGAAACAGCGUUUCCCUAAUAAGAUGGACUAAUUGAAGA